GUCCUUGCGGAGGCAACGGCGAAACCGCGCCAUAGGCGGGCGGGAUGGAGAAUGACCUGCAGCAGUUCAUCCACACGGUCGAAGCCAGCGCCAAGAAGAUCCUCAAGGACCAUGCAAAGCGCGCACACAUGGAGGCCGCGCGGGACCGCGUCGAACGCGCCCGCGGGCACAAGCCCGAGCAAGCGCCGGCGUCCAUCUCGCGGGACGAGCUCAAGGCCACGUACGGACAGUCGGUGCUCAUCGUGCCGGCGCCAAGCAAUGCGCGGCCCGAGACGAUGCCAGUGCUGGCCUCGCCGCGUGUGGCGGCGGCGCCAGUGCACCCCAUCCCCCGCAGCGACCCGGUCCAGCUCCCGGCGCUGCGAAAACACGAACUUCGAGAAAAGGCCACCGCCAAGCUCUUGCAUUCGCCUCUGUACAAGGGCCUCGCGACCAAAACGCCGUCCGUCAAGGCCGCGCUCGCGCAGUUGAACGCGGUCAACGACCUCCGGACGCUUGGGCUCGGGCUCGCGCCGGCGCGGUCGACGCACGUGCACGAGCACAGCACGGAGCGCCGCAUGUGCAAUGCGUGCUGGGCCGAGCCGACGAAGCGCACACGCUGCGAGCACGGCCUCCAUAGCAACCCGCGCGACCUCGUCGAGGUCCAGGGCGCCAUGAGCUGGAACAUCGACGACCUGUACCACAAGUACCGCGCCGAAGCCGAGCGCGAAGCGGCGUACGCAGCGUCCGAAGCGCUGCAGAUGACCCAUGACGCCGCCGUCGUGCCCAUCUUGGCCCGCCACCCGCUCUACACCAAGUACUUUUACGCGGUCAACCAAGACAACCAGUACGCGCAGCAUCUCUCGCGGUCCAAAAACAAAACCAAGCAGUUCGUCCUCAGCGUGCACACGGUGUGGCUCUCGAACCUCGACCAUUUCAACGCCGUCUUCCACUGCAAUACGACGACGACGACGGGCAAAGGCCUAUGCCAGCGCCUCGACACGACUGCCAUCCACGACGGGUACUCGCAGAUCCAAUCCGUCUCGGCGCAGUGCGCCUUGCAGCACACGCAAGACGUGCGUGCGUCGCCGCUCUUCCGCGCCGGCGCCGAAAUGGCGCGCGCGCCACCGCUCGCGACGGCGACCAUCGCCGGCGCCGAUCGCUUCGUGCAGAGAAAAAGCCCGAUCGACGACCACGGUCUCGUCUCGCUCUCGGUCCUGUCGUGCGGACGCAUGGAGCAUCUCGGCAACGUCCCCGGCACCGUGCCGCUCUCCGCCUUUCCCGGUCUCUGGUGGUGCCACGAACCGUUCACGCGCCCGGCCGCCAUGUACCUCCGUGACGCGCGCGUGUCGUCGUCCGACACGAUCCUCGUCCACGUCGUGCUCGCACUCGACUCGCCGCGCCUCGCGCCGCGCUGGUUUGCGUGGGUGCCCGGCUCGGUCGCGGCGGCCAUCGAGCGCGAGAUCCUCUUUUCCUUUUCGGAGAUCCCCGCGACGACCGUCGUGCUCUUGUCGCCGCCGCACGUCGAGUCGCCCCUCGAUGCGUACUGGCCGUCGCCGGUGCUGCUCGCCAACGGCCAUGACGAGCAUGCGCCCGAGACGCCCGAGUUCAACGCGACGCGCUUCCGGCAAUGGCUGCGCUACGCGACGAUUCCUCCGAAUUUCGACUUGCACGCCAAAGCGUUCGGCAUUCGGGGCGGGUACUUGAACCGCACGGGCCUCAGCGGGCGCUUCUCGUGGCACUCGGACGACGCCGUCGACGCCGACGACCUCGUGCGCGUGCGGCUGGAAAAAGACUAUGUGGUCGUGGCCGAGAACAAGCGGUCCCGCGGCAGCAACGACCCCAACAUGUAUACGCUCGAGAUGCGCCACGAAGCGAUCGAGUCCGUGCACACGAGUGGCCUCCAUGCGUUUCUAAGCGCCAAGCAAAAGCAGCGCGAGGAAGAGCGUCUCCAACAGCAAAUGCGCGAAAUUGAAGUCAAACUCCAAGCCGGUCGCUUGGCCUUGGACGCCAAGCGCGCCGAGAAGCGACGUUUGGAAGCCGACGCGCUGCGCAAGAAGGAGCGCGUGCAAGCCGAACGCGACGGAAAAGCCGCGAUCGAUGCGUCGACGGUCGACGAGUGGCGGGACCGUGUGGCGCACUCGGUGCUGCUGCGCGAGUGGCAGGGCUGGGAAGAGCGCCGGCACGACCCGACGCACGUGGUGUUUUACCACCACAGCAAUCCAGAGCUCUUGAAUGGGUCGUCGUGGGACCCUCCGCACGGCUGGCCGCUCGAGACGGACGACGCCGCACCGCUGGAGCCUCCCAUUAGCAGCGAGUCGCCACGGUCCAAUCCAUUGGACACGGACAGCGGUGACGAGAACAAGAAAGAUGGCGACGACGACGGGGGUGACGUGGCGCGAAUGGCCAAGCAACUCGCCGAGAGCGAGGUCUUUCUCGAGCUGCUCCGAGACAAGCUUGGCCUUCUCUCCAAGCCCAAGCGAGCCAAGCACACGGCAGAGACCGAGCACGACUCGUCGUCCGAGAGCGGCGACUCGGAGAACGAGGACGACGAUGGUAUUGCAGCACGGGUGCUGCGCACGCUCGAGCGCGAACCGUCGAUCCAAGAAACGUCGACGAUGAGUGUAAAGCGGCUUCUGCGGCUGCAGAUUACAAAGGAAGCGUCGCCGACGCAGCCCAUUCGACCGGGCGAAGGCUGGAAGCGACUCAAUGUCGCCAAGCUCCCGAAAUCGUUUGCGAAAAAGGUGUACGAGCCCAGCAUUGCGACGCCACCGCCCACGGCGGUGGCCCCCAACAUUCCCUUGGUCGCGGGGCUCAUCGACCCGGCGAAAACGGGCACCUACGAGCAGCCCAACGACGUGCCCGACUUUCGAGCGCACUUUGUACCGAGCUUGGAGGCGGAAGUCGUCCUCAUGAACAAGCUGCUCCAGUCGCAGGCCAAGCGCCAAAAGCAAACGAGCAUCGCCGACGUCUUCGCCGAGAUGGACGACGACGACGAGCCGCCGUCGCCUGUGUCGGACGCCGACAACAUUCGCAAGGCCGUGCUGUACACGCGCAACAACAACGUCAAAGAGCUCGAAAGCAUGUUUGACGCGGGCGUCCACGUCAACGCCCAAGACGAGAACGGCAACUCACUCUUCAUCCUCGCGUGCCAGCAAGGCAACAAGAACAUGUGCAAGUUCCUCAUGCGUCGGCGCUGCGACACCAACAUGCAGAAUUUCCGCGGCAACACGGGGCUGCACUACUGUUUCGAGUACAAGUGGCACGAGCUCGCCGAGUACCUCAAGGAGAAAGGCGUCCGCGACGACAUUCCCAACGCCGACGGGCUCAUGUGCUACGAAGGCAUCUCGUCCGAGCACCUCGCGGCGCUGUAG